CAGUCUCGACCAGGUAAAUAAAUUCCCUCCUGUCACACAACGCAUCAGGAGCUCGGAGCUCGAGCUCUUCACAAACCAGGUAGAUGAAAUGACUCCCCUGUACUCCCUCUAACAGCAGAAGCAGCAGAAGCAGCAGCAGCAGCAGAAGCAGCAGCAGCAGCAGAAGCAGCAGCAGCAGCAGCUUGGGAUGUAUCAUCCGGCUAUGUGCGCAUUCCCGGUUGGUUUCCCCGCCAUUUUGGCCGUUUCUCCGCAUGCAACCACCAACGUCACCUGCUCCUGUUCCUGGCCGGCCCUCGACGGUAACAAGUGAGAACUCCUCGUGUUUCAUCCAUCCGCCCAUCCAUCUUCUUCUCUCUCUCUCCCUCUCUCUCUUUUCCCCUUCCCCUGUAAUCUCAUCUCCCUCGCUCGUUAGAUUCAUUCCCCCCUUGCUGGCCUCGACUUCUGGACCCGCUCACUAUGGGUGGAGACGUGCCCCGACAAGCUCCUAGUUCACUUCCACGCGCCCCCAGUGGCCCCGUUGGCCAGCGUAUCAAGUCCAUCUACACAGACCGGUUGAACCAGUUUUCUUCUCGAGGACAAUAUGAGCAUCAGAACUUGAUUGGAAAGCUGUUCGAAGCUGUCAAUUCCGACAAAGAUCACGUCAAGCUCUCCGUUUACUCCGUCCCGGAUCUGCAACGCCCGACCUUCGACGAAGCUACCUCCCAUGACUUCCAGCCCACCCAUAUCGGGGCCUCGUUUGGCCCCAGUUGGUCCACCCACUGGGUCCGGAUCAGACUAACUAUCCCCCAAGACAUGCUCGAGAAAGAGCGCUUGGAGUUCCACUGGGAUGCGAACAAUGAGGGCCUAGUCUGGUCGGAAGACGGUCGCCCGUUGCAGGGCCUCACUGGAGGUGGUGAACGUGUCGAGUGGAUCAUCCCUGACGCCUGGCGCGACGGGAAAGAGCAUCUCUUCUAUAUCGAGAUGGCUUGCAAUGGAAUGUUUGGAAAUGCCCCGGGAGGGGACUCCAUCCAGCCUCCAUCACCUGAUAAAUAUUUCACUCUGAAUACCGCACGCAUCACUGCUGUCAAUCUGGAGGCCCGGGCGCUGUUCUAUGAUUUCUGGAUCAUCGGAGAUGCUGCCAGGGAGUUCCCCGGCGAUGGCUGGGAGUCCCAUGAAGCCAACACGGUGGCUAAUUCCAUUAUUGACACUUUCAUUGCCGGCAAUGGAAGCAAAGAAUCUAUCAAAGAAGGGCGCCGGAUUGCGCAGAAGUAUCUUGGUGGUCAGGUCAAUUCCUCAGAAGUGUAUGAGACGGAUACAGACCCAAUUGUGUAUGCUAUCGGACAUUGCCACAUUGAUACUUGCUGGCUCUGGCCGUGGGCAGAAACUAAGCGCAAAGUUGCUCGCUCAUGGUCUAAUCAGUGCGACCUUAUGGACCGCUACCCAGAGCACCGAUUUGCUUGCUCUCAGGCACAGCAGUUCAAGUGGCUUAAGCAAUAUUACCCGUCUGUCUUUGACCGUGUGAAAGGCUGGGUGAAAAAGGGCCAUUUCCAGCCAAUUGGUGGUAGUUGGGUUGAGCAUGAUACGAACAUGCCCAGUGGUGAAUCCCUGGUGAGACAGUUCCUCUACGGACAAAGGUUCUUCGAAAGCAAUUUUGGAGAGCGCUGCACCACUUUCUGGCUCCCAGACACCUUUGGCUACUCCACACAAAUCCCCCAGAUUUGCCGAUUGGCAGGCAUGAGUCGCUUCUUCACCCAGAAGCUCAGCUGGAACAACAUCAACAAUUUCCCCCACACCACCUUCCAAUGGGUUGCCCUUGACGGUAGUCAGGUCAUGUGCCACAUGCCGCCGUCCGAGACCUACACUGCGAGUGCACACUUUGGCGAUGUGAAGCGCAGUGUGACCCAGCACAAGUCUUUGGACCAAGACAAUACCUCACUCCUGGUGUUUGGAAAGGGUGACGGUGGCGGUGGCCCUACUUUCGGACAUUUGGAGAAAUUGCGUCGUUGCCGUGGCCUGAGUGAUAAGGUGGGAUUGCUUCCCCGAGUGAAGAUGGGAGAGUCGGUCGACGACUUCUUCAAGAGACUUGAGAAGAAGGCUUCCGACGGUACCAAGUUUCCUACAUGGUAUGGAGAGCUUUAUUUCGAGCUGCACCGCGGUACUUAUACCACGCAAGCAAAUAACAAGCGCAACAAUCGCAGAGCCGAAUUCCUCCUGCGGGAGCUCGAGUACCUAGGGACACUUGCGUCAUUAAGGCAGCCCGACUAUAAGUACCCGAAGGAGCACAUUGAUGACAUGUGGGAAGGUGUGCUUUUGUGCCAAUUCCACGACUGUCUUCCGGGCAGUUCUAUCGAAAUGUGUUACGAUGAUUCAGACAAACUCUAUGCGGAGAUCUUUGAGACUGGGCUCAAGGCCAGAAAGGAAGCCCUUCAGGCUCUAGGUUUUGGUGAGGGUGGAGCAGACUAUGUGGCCCUUAACACUCUACCAUGGGAUCGCUCUGAGGUGGUCAAGCUUCCUGCCGGUAUAACCGCCUCAAACGGCUCUAAAUAUGCCGUGAUGUGUGGAGGGUCUGGGGUCAUUCCUUGUCCCCAAGAGCAUACAAAUAGAGUUUCGGAAGUGACCGUAAGCGAGGUUCAACCAGGUGUGUUCCGUUUGGAGAAUGGCAGACUACGGGUUGAUGUCCAGGACGGUGUUAUCGUGUCGCUAUUUGACCUUGAUAUUCAACGUGAAAUCGUCGCGAAAGAUGGCAAAGCCGGCCAGCUAGUGAUUUUCGAUGACAAGCCACUCUACUGGCAGGCAUGGGAUGUUGAGGUCUUCCAUCUCGAAUCAAGAAAGGAGCUGCAGUCAGGCAAGACCAGCAUCGCUGAACGCGAUCCCUACCGUGCCAGUGUAGUCACCGAAACGAGGAUCAGUGAAGACAGCUGGGUCAAAACUACCAUCAGUCUAGCUGCUGCUAUUGAAAAUGAGCCUUCGUACGUUGAAUUCGAGAGCGAGGUGGAGUGGAGGGAGACCAUGAAGUUCCUGAAGGUCGAGUUCCCUGUCGAUAUCACUAACACAGAAGCCUCCUAUGAGACUCAAUACGGUAUCAUCAAACGUCCCACGCACUACAAUACAAGCUGGGACAUGGCUAAAUUCGAAGUCUGCUGCCAUAAAUGGGCCGAUCUCUCGGAAAGCGGCUAUGGCGUCUCCAUCCUCAACGACUCCAAGUAUGGCUUCGCAACCUGCGGAAAUCUCAUGCGUCUUUCUCUCCUCCGUGCACCUAAGGCUCCGGACGCGCACGCAGACAUGGGUCGACACCAUAUCCGCUAUGCAAUCCUUCCCCACCUCGGAGCCCUCGACGCCCGUACGGUCCGAGCAGGAUACAACUUCAACAAGCCGCUUGCCCUUCAAUCUUCUCCCACCAAACAGGAAACCCUCACCUCCACUACAAACUUGUUCCGAAGCAUACGCCUGACGGGUUCUCCGUCUCUCAUUUUAGACGUGGUCAAACGCGGCGAAGACGACGAAGACGUAUCUAGGGAUACCCUCCCGCGACGCGCAGGGAAGAGCAUUAUCCUUCGGAUUUACGAGGCUCUGGGUGGCAAGAGCCGCGGAGUCAUCUGUACGACGCUCCCGGUGAAGAAGGGUUGGAAGUGUAAUGUCCUGGAGGACGACGAGAUGGCUCUUGAUAUUGGCAGCAAGGAUAGACACGGCACUGUGGCUAUCCCGAUUGAGUUGAGGGCUUUUGAGGUUGCAACUUAUCGGCUGCAGCUGUAGAUAUUCCUUUGCUCUCCUGUCUAGUCUAGUCUAGUCUAGUCUAGUUUCUAUUUUAUUUUCUUUCAUGAAAUUUGAUUUUCUCAUUCGUUCAUUUUAUUUCUGUUCUCUGAGUCCUGAGUGUAUGUUGUUAUUGUAUAUCAUCGCUCUCUAAACCCAAAGAAACGCAAAGAGUAGGAAUGAAUGAUCUUGUCGAAAUGAUAUCAUGGUUAAACACCCGGAGAAAAAAAAAAUAUAUGGAGUGGAUAUCAGAAGAAGAGAAAAAAAAAAAAGACAACAAUAGAACAAAAUAAAAAGCAUGUUAUCAAUUGAGUCAAGUCAAGUCAAGUCAAGUCAUUCA